AAUAAUAAUAAUAAUAAUAAAAUAGAAAUGGCAGCUCUGCAAUUGUGGACAUUUCAUUUGCUCAUAGUUCAAGCUCUAGUACUAUUCCAGAUGUUAAAGAAAACCAACUCACAAGACGGCCCAAUUCUCCUCAACUGUCCACCAGACUCCAACUACACCAUCCCAAGCACGUACAAGACCAACCUCGACCGUCUCCUCUCCAACCUCAUCGUCUCCGCCUCCCAGUCCUCCCUCCUCUUUGCCAACGCCUCCAUCGGCACAGUGCACGCCCUCGCUCAGUGCCGUGCCGACACCUCCAUCGCCAACUGCACUGCAUGUCUCAACCUCUCCAUCUCCACCUUCUCCAUCCAAUGCCCACGCCAACGCUCCGCUGCCAUCCGCUUCGACCUCUGUCUCCUCCGCUACUCCGACCUCCCCUUCUUCUCCCAACUCUCCAGUGACACGCCCAGAAUCAUUGUCAACGGCGGCAACGCUUCCAACCCUUCGGCGCUGAACCAGCAACUGAACGCGCUCAUGAACGAGGCUUCGUCCGAAGCGCCAAAGUCUCCCGAGAGGUUUGCGGUUGGUGUGAGAAAUUUCUCUCAGUUUGAGUAUAUCUUCGGGAUGGUUGAGUGCACGCGUGACUUGUCGUCCGGUGACUGUUCGCGUUGUUUGGCUGAGGUUGUCAGCCUUCUUCCUAUAAAUGGGUUCGGGAAAAUUGGCGCACGAGUGUUCAGGAUUAAUUGUGUUGCUAGGUUUGAGAUCUAUGCUUUCUUCCCUUUUAGUUUAUUACCUUCUCCUCCUCCUGGGAAUGGCACUGGUAGCAAUGGAAGUGGAACCACCACCAUGACAGAUGGGAAAAGUAAAAAUGGUACUUUAGUACUAGUCAUUGCUGUUGUUUUGCCUCUUGUGGUUGUUGGAAUUCUGCUGGUCGCUGCUAUUUGUUUGUAUUCUUUGUGGAGGAAGAGGAGGAGAGCUCAGCUAGGAAUUGGAGAAACCAUAAGCGGUGAAUGUCUGUUGUUUGAUCUGGGGACACUGAAGGCUGCUACAAAUAACUUCUCGGAUGAUAAUAAGCUUGGUGAGGGUGGGUUUGGAUCAGUUUAUAAGGGAGUGUUGAGUGAUGGGCAUGAAAUAGCUGUGAAAAGAUUUUCUUGGAAUUCAGAGCAUGGAGUUGAAGAACUGAGGAAUGAGGUGGACUUACUUGUCAAGCUUCAACACAGGAACCUUGUAAGAUUAUUGGGUUGCUGCUUAGAAGAAGAGGAGAAGCUCCUUGUCUAUGAAUAUCUUCCUAAUACCAGCCUUAACAAGUAUUUAUUCGGUGAAGAUCUUGUGAGACGUGAGAAGUUGAACUGGGGAUGUAGAUACAAGAUCAUAGAAGGAAUUGGUCGAGGGGUUCUGUAUCUUCAUGAAGAUUCACGCUUGAGGAUCAUUCAUCGAGAUUUAAAAGCGAGUAAUAUAUUACUAGAUUUUGAUAUGAAUCCCAAAAUCUCAGAUUUUGGGAUUGCAAAGCUUUUCCAUUUGGACGAAACACAAGGAAACACUAGUCUAAUAGCAGGGACAUAUGGGUACAUGGCACCAGAAUAUGCUAUGAAUGGACAUUUCUCAACAAAAUCAGAUGUUUACAGUUAUGGUGUGCUAGUGUUGGAGAUUGUCACAGGUGAAAAAGCCAGUGGGUUCCAAGGCCAUGGGAUUGCUUCUGAUCUGUUAACCUUUUUAUGGCAGCAUUGGAAGGAAGGAAAGGCACUAGAGAUGAAAGACAGAAGUCUAGAAGGGGACAACAGUGUGCUGGAUGAACAAGUACUAAGAUGCAUCCAAAUUGGCUUGCUUUGUGUCCAGGAGGACCCAAAUGAGAGACCUAGCAUGGCGUCUGUAGUUCUUAUGCUCAAUAGCACUUAUAUACCUCUUCCCUCACCUUCAGCACCUGCUUCCUUUAUUAAGGGCAGCAUGACUGAUGAAACUAAUCUGAGAGAAAGAGACAUGGCUCCAGAUUUGCAGGAAAAUUUGCAGUCUAAUGGGCACACAGCACUCUCAAGGAUAACUUCUAUAAAUGAUGUCUCAAUUUCUAUUUUGGAGCCGAGGUGAUAUAUGAGUUUUAUACUCGAUUAUAGUAUGUGCCAAGAAUUAUAUGGUCUAGGGUAAUUAGGGUAUUUUGUGUUGGUUCACAAUAGACAGAUAUGGAUGUUUCUUUGAUUUGUGGCAUGUAUGGAAUACUUUUAUAAAUAACCUUCC